AUGGACCCCAGCUACCUUUCCCAGCAGGUCAACACCAUCAUUGGUCAAUUACACGGCCUGUUCGACGAGAUCGGCGUCCCCAGCCAUGACCGCGAUUCUAGAGAGGCAGAGCUGUUCGCGGCCCUGUCCGAGACCCUGAACAAUCAGGUGCGCCUUGUGACGCAGGAGAAGAAACAGAUCAUCUCAGAGGCCCAGAACAUGAUCACCACCAUCCGCCAGAUGGAAGCCUCACUUGAGGAUCCCAAGCCCCGCGGUGGUUCCCAAGGCCAGGAUGAUGGUCUGGAAAUCUCCUACCCUUUGACCAGAUGUAUUCAGGCAUUGAAGGAGAAACAUGCCCAGGUUAGCAGGGUGCACAAGGAGCGUUUCGCCCAGGUGAAGAAACUUGUCCAGGCGCUCGAGUCUUACUCGUCACAUCUCGAACCCAGCUUUGUUAAGCUUGCGCUCCCACCCACCGGACCCAACCAGUCCAUCCCGCCUAACUUCGAUCUGUCUCCUUCUUACGUCGACAAGCUCGACAAUGAGUUCACCAGGGUCUACGAAGAGUAUACUAAGCGAAUCUCAACGGUCCAGUCCCUCUCGGAGAACAUCAUUCAGCUAUGGGCUGAGCUCGGUACCCCACAGGCCCAAACAGAUGGCGCCAUCGUUAAGUACUACCGCGACGCCCCCGAGCAACUCGGUCUGCACGAGGAGGAUAUUGCGCGACUCCGCGCCAGACUAGACAAGCUCGACAAUGAGAAGCAGAACAGGGAGCAGCGUCUGCGUGAUCUCAAGGAUGCCGUCGAGGCCCUGUGGGAAAAGCUCGGCGUUGACGAGGCGGAGCGCAAGGCCUUCUUGAAUGCCAAUCGUGGCUGUGGUAUUCGACAGAUCAAUGAAUUCGACGAUGAGCUGGCCCGGCUGAACGAACUCAAGCGACAGAACCUCCACCUCUUUGUCGAGGACGCCCGCUGCAAACUUCAGGAGCUAUGGGAUGCUUUGUAUAUGUCCGAGGACGAGAUGCUCGAGUUCACCCCGGCCUUCUCUGACGUGUAUAGCGACGCGCUCCUCGAGGCCCAUGAGAGCGAGAUCGCAAGACUGGAGACUCUCAAGGAACAACGGGCCCCGAUGUUGGCUCUUAUGGAGAGACACCGCACCCUGAUUUCUGAGCGAGAUGAACUAGCUGCUGCAAGCCAGGACGCCUCUCGACUGAUGAUGAAGCCACAGAAGGGCGAGAAGCGAGACCCCGGGAAGCUGCUGCGGGAGGAGAAGAUGAGGAAGAGAAUUGCAAAGGAACUGCCAAAGGUGACAGCUGAUUUGCGAAAGGCUCUGGAGCAGUGGGAAGAUGAGUGGGGUCGGCCAUUCUUCGUACACGGUGAAAGGUACCUGGACAAUAUUGAAAACGACAGCGCCAAUAGGGCAACCCCGGGGCCCCGAUCGAGAACCCCAGCAAACACUUCGAUGCCAUCGAGAUCAACUAGCCCAGCCAAGUCGGCACCACCCGUCAGCAGGUCCAACAGUGCUGUUGGUACCAACCGCUCGCAGGCGCCUAGUCGGGCUGGGGCUAAGACACCGACUGAGAAGUUCAAUUCCCUUCCCACCAAGUGGUCCAAGCCACUGGGGCCCCAGACGAGCAUAAACGGGAAGGGCAGCCCGACCCGAAUCCCAGCCCGUGCUCCGCUGUCCAACUUGAAGCACGUCAACAAUUCCCCUGACAAACUGAGGCAAGAGCCGGAAAAGGCCGACCUUGUGAGGCGCGGUACGGUUCCCGUGAUGCGUGCUCCGCCGCCAAAGAUGAGAGACCUUGUCUCGGUUCCGGAGAUGGAGGCGCCUGUCAAUCACUACCAGUCCUCCGACCGAGGAUCAGGCGUCAUCCGGCACAUCGAGCCUGAGGACGUGUACGACGAUCGUCCGAAGCAGCACAGUGCAGAGUAUGAGCGACCUAUCUCGCACCACGAUUUUCGCGACUUUCCUGGCAAGGCCUCGCUCCGCAAUCAUGACAGCGGUCCCCCGUACGAGCGCUUCGCGCAGUCGUACUCCCAAGCCCAACGCCCCGCGAUCCGCCAGAUCUCGAACCAAUCUAGUGACUCGAACGGGACUGUAGUGACGGGGUCGGAAAACUGGGAGACGUACGACGACACAUCAGAGCCGGAAGAGGACGUCCCGAGUUCGUAUUACGCCAAGAUACGCGCGGGGAGGACCGACUAUAGCAUGGGGCCACCGAGCAAGUUCAACGCAAGCCAGCAGGCAAAGCGCCCGCGAGGAAUCCCGCCUGCGCUCCAACAGGCGCAUGUGAUUGUAGAUGGCGACGACAGACGCGUCUACUCUGGGAGCUCCGGCUGGACGGACGAGGAUGUUUUCUAA